GUUCAACACGAGCACAAUUGAGUGUGACACACAAAACAAAACACACAAAAAAAGUUUGAGCCGCUGAGAAAACAAACUACCUGUUGCUUCUGCAGGGCCACCUCUGUCUUCAGGUGUGAGGAGGGACGAGUGAAGACGUGGAGAAUGUCUGAGCUAAGCGACGAGGCCAGUGAAUCAGAGCAGCUGGGUGCAAGCCUCUCCUUGUGGCUGGGUGACUCCCUGGUGCGACCUGAGGAGCUGGAUGUUCCUCUGGACCUCCACACCGCCUGCUCCAUCGGCCAGUACGACGUGGUGGCAGAGUGCAUCAAAAAACGUGAGGUGAACCUGGAUGGGAAAAACAUUGGAGGAUGGACCCCACUGAUGUAUGCAUCGUACAUUGGACAUGACAACAUUGCAAAUCUCCUGCUGGAGGCCGGUGUGAAUGUAAAUGCUACCACUGCCAAAGGUCUAACCCCCUUGAUGCUGGCAGCAAGCUGUGGCAAUGAAAGCAUCGCUUACUUCCUGCUUCAGCAAGGUGCUGAGUUGGAGCUGAAGGAUUCUCUGGGCUGGACUGCUCUGUUCCACUGCACGAGCACAGGCCACCAGCAGAUGGUCAAGUUCCUGCUGGAUAACAAUGCUGAUGCCAAUGUCAAGGAGCCAGGGUCUGGUUUUACUCCUCUGAUGGAGGCUGCUGCUUCUGGACAUGAAAUCAUAGUUCAGUGCCUGCUUGAUCACAAAGUUAAAGUAGAUGACCGCAAUGCUAAAGGAGAGACUGCCCGUGCCCUAGCAAUGAUGUACGGCUAUACCAAGAUCGUCAGCCUCAUUGACUCACGUUCUCCAAGGAUUAAACCAGGACACUUUGAAGACCUCAGCUCCAGCGAGGACUCGGACAGUGCACCUCCGAGGAUAAGGCCGAGUCGAAACCGAGCUAAAGGCAUUAGCAUCCAUGAUGGGCCUCAGGCCAUCGCCAAGUUCCGAGUAGGAGGCACCAGCAAACUAUGUGAGCCUCCUGCUGUGCCCCCAGGCUACAUGACGUUCCGUGAUAUUGGUGAACAGAGUGAGGGCCUCUGCUACCGUGACGUGACCUCACCUAUCAAUGAGCUGGAUGGCCAGAGCAACAGCAGCAGAGACGACAGUCCCUUCUUUGACAAUGACAUGCCCACCAUGAGAAGCAGCAGUAGCAGCAGCGAAGGCCUGCCUCAUGUGGUUGGCCUCAACUGGGAAGGCUCUGUGGAGAGUAACGAGGACUCUGACCAGUGUAAAAAGAGCAGCUCUCGAAGAGUAAAUAAGAGCCAUCACUCAAAAAGCAAGAUUCGCCACGGAAGCAACGAUGCAGCUAACUCCAGUGGUACAGGGAACUGUGGGAUACACUCACAUGUUGUUCCUCCGCCCUCCUACACUGGCCCAAAGGAUCUGGCAGAGUUCUUGGAGCAAAUUGGCUUCUCUAAGUAUCUCCCAUUACUUGAAGAGCAAGACAUUGAUCUGCGGAUAUUUCUCACCUUGACUGAAAAUGAUCUCAAAGAAAUAGGAAUCACAUUGUUUGGACCCAAGCGCAAGAUGACCUCGGCUAUUGCAAGGUGGCACAGCAGCGCUCGACCACCCAGCGAUGCUCUGGAACAGGCUUAUGCUGACCAGCUUGAGGCUGAGAUGCAGGAGAUGGCCAUUCAGCUGCACAAGCGCUGUGAGGAGGUGGAGAACCUGCAGAGCCAGGUGUCUCAGGAGAAGGAGCUGCGUACUGUGAUGGAGGGAUGUCUGAUGGAGGACAAGAUGGCAUGGAGGAGGGUCCACACUGAGCUGGUGGAGAACCACCGGCUGACUCAAGACAUAAGCGCCACAUUAGCAACGGCCAGGAGUUGUCGUGCUGAACUGCUCUCCUGCCUCACUUCUGAUGGCAAUAGCAGCUCUUCUACUGGUGUGGUUGAUAAAACAAAAGAUGACACUGGUGUAAAAGCUUCGGAGAGCCUGACACGCUCCAGUGUUGUAGAGCUAAGGAAGAAGCUGGAUUCCUAUGAAGAAGAACUGGCGGGGACCCUGCAAACUGUGCUGCAGAGUCUGAGGCGACUGAGUGCCCCUGAAAAAGUCUCAGAUAGCUGGGAACGGCCUUAACCUUUCCAGGGGUUUCUGCUAACAUUUGACGGAGGGUGAUCUAACCACCCUGAACAAGCUCACUGAAAUGGGAGAAAGCCAAAGACAAGGCCAGCCCUCCCGGACUCGAAGCAGCCGACCUGCUGCCCCUCUGGGAUUGGGUGAUGGACCGGAGCUCGCCAGAUGUGGACAAGGCCAAGGGUAACGGCAGCUGCUGCAGGGAAACGACAAGCAGGCAGGAAGGGUACCUGACCCCCAGACGCUUGUGCUGGUGAAUACUGGACUCCGUUAGUUGGGUUGUGAAAAUGCACAGAGAGGAGGAGGGACUGAUCGUGGAUCAGAGACUGUAAUACUGUGAAGCGUUUGUACAAGACUGUACUCUCUUCCUUAUAUGAAAUUUGGUUUAAAUUAUGUUCAUGCCACCAGAUGAAGAGGUACAUUUCUUGAAAUUAGAGAAAUAGUCUGAUGAAUUAAAAUAAGUUCUGCAAAGUGAUACUUUAUGAUUUGAGUCAAAUCUUCUCAUUUGUAUGCUGUUUGAAAAUAAUGUCCUGCUGAAUGCGUUUUGAGGAACUGAAGAUCUGAACUGAAGAAAAGACCUGCCAGUUAAUCAUUUACAGCAACACAGUACAUUACACCAGGGAAGGUCUUUGCAAUCCGUUGUCAUUCUGUGGACAUGAGUUAAGAGUAAAACUAUAAAAUUUCAGAAGUGUAACAUUUUUAGAGCAAAAUAGCAGUUUAGUAUUCUUUUUCAAAGCACAAAUAAGUGACAGUCCAGGUUCAGAUUUCACUCAGUGGUGCUAUUGAGUUAUUAUCUAAUGGAUUCACUGUGUAGGAUCUGUUUUACCCUGAAAUCCUCCCAAAUCUUUAAAAUGCUGGAUAGUCUUGGUUGUAUUUGGACUAAAAUUAAAACCUAGUUGCCUGAAAGUUAAGGGUUGUAAUACUGUGUCAUUCAUCUACUUGUUUUAAAAUGACAGAUACAUGUACGCAACAAAUGACACAGAAACAAUCUGUGUAAUUAGACGUUUAAGUAGAUUCUGGUAAGAAAAACAACUUUUGUGCAAUUUUUUUUUCGUUUCAUAUUUUUAUGUCCGUAUACAGCUAGCAUUAGGACGGUAAGGUGUAGAUGUGGGUGUCACUAAUAUUUUACAAUUAAAAUGUUUUGUGGUUUCUUUUUUUUCCCCUCUUUUAAUGGGGUUUAUGGUGCUCAAUGGCUCUGCAACAGACUUAAAAAGAUUUGUGGAAUAUAAGAGACAUUCAUGACUGUUUUAAGUGUUUGUCUCUUUAACCAACAAUGAAUAGUGCUUGUCUUCACUCUCGGACUUAAUAUAUAAAUCUCAGAAACUCCAGGUCCUGUCCCCUGUCCAGAUGUUUGAUCUAAUCAGGUGGUUCAGAUUAGUCUGACUUCAUGUAGUCAAUAUGCAAUCUGUUAACAUUACAAGGCAGUUCUGUGCAAACUUAGCCUGGGGGUCAGGGAUUCCACCUCCUGACUGUUGGGAUGUCCUCAUAUGGAGUACGUCUGAAAAUCCUCUAUUCUAGCCCGGGGCCUUGGCAUAAAUCGAUGUGAUGACAGUUGCUGCUCGGUAACAACCUUGGCACGAUAUGGAUGGUGGCUGAUUUUGGCUUUAACAGCUGAUGCACAUACAGCCAGCCUCCAGCCUGAAAGUUUUUAAAUGAGCUCAGACUCUGCCCAGCUCAUACAUCACUGUUCUGCCCUUCUAAUGGACAAGACAACUGAAAUAUCAAUUUACUACAAUACUAGUUAAUGGGAAUUACAGAUUACUGUACCGGUGUUGUGUUAAGUAAUUAAUGACAAAGUCUUGAUUUAUUAUUUCUAGUGCUGUUCACUAAUCACAUGUGCUAGGUAGUUUGUGCUCCAUUCAUAAUUGUUGGAAAAGCAAGUAUUUGAUAUUUUUAAAAUUACCAAAGCACAUGAAACAUCAUAUGCCAUACUUUUGUACUGCUUUGUGGGAUUAUAAUUUUUAAACUGUAUGCAUUCUGAAAUGUGUGAAAGCUUUACUGUUUGGUGUGGCAGAAUUCUGAAUGCUUAUAAUGUCUCUAAAACCAGGCUGAAUUUUCAGUAAAUAAGGUCAAGGAUGUUUUGAUGCUGAUUUACAAACUUGGUCUUUCACUCCUGUUUGCUAUCAACACUUGUGAGGCUGAGCAGCGUCCAGAAUGUAAAAGUGCCCAAAUAAACAUGAUCAGUGAUGAGAGUUGAGACUGGACUGAUAAAAUAUUCUGCGUCUUUCAGUGAUAAUUCCCUAAUCUCGUAAAAGUCUGCCAAUAAAAGUGACAGUUAGAUUGUAAAAUCCUCCAACCAGUUGCCAUCAGGCUACACAGUACUGGAUGUAACAGGGAUUCUUAUA